AUGCACACAGCGACACCCUUAUUUCCCCUUGCGUCAAAGCCCAUGGUUCAUCACCAUUUAGAAGCACUCGCCAAGGUGAACGGUCUGGAUGAAGUUCUUCUGAUCGGCUUCUAUCAGGAUCACGAGUUGUCCGCUACAGUAUCAUAUCUCCAGGAAGAUGCCCCCUUCAAAAUCAGGUAUCUUCCGGAAUCAAAAGGGCUCGGCACGGGUGGGGGUAUGUAUUACUACCGUGAGGAGAUUAUGCGUGGCGACCCCGACAAAAUUCUAGUCAUCCACGUGGAUGUUGUCGCCAACUUCCCGUUCGAUGCGAUGAUUAAGAACUUCGAGAAGCUCCCCGAAGGAAAAGUGGUCUCUGUCAUGGGAGUCAAGGUUGGUGCGCAUAAGAAUGGAUUUCAUUCUAAAACUUCAUG